GUGCAGAAAGUGAAGAUGGCACGCUCCAAACUAAGACCCUUAACGGGCAGAAGAAGCAAAGUGUCACUAAAGAAUAAGACCAUCAUGAUUCAGAUGGUGCUGCUACAAAUCAUGACUUACGCAGCAGUAGCUUGGGGCUACGUUUCCAAAACGAUGAAGAAGAGGCUCCAAGCUCAACAAAACAUGGCACUCCGUGAAGCGGUGGACGCACCGUGGUAUGUACCUAACAGAGUGCUAUAUGACGAACUACGACAGGUACCGGUCGUAAUCCAGAUGAAAGAGAGGGCCCGAAAGUUCUUUGAAAAGAACGAAAGACAUCGAAACGUGCUGAUUAGAGACGCCUUGGAUUACGACCCAAGAACAAUAAGGCAAUACAGUGAUGGAGGUGAAUACUGUACAAAAUCAAACUAUGGGCAUACAGGCUCGGCAACGCAUGUGGAUAUACAGGCUCGACAACUGCAGCGCGAUAGAAGGGAUUUAGAUGAAGUACGCAAAGUAAUUAAUGUAGAGGAAAAGUCAAUGGAAGAAAUAUUUCAUGAGGAAGAACCUGUCGAUGAUAGCGAUCUAGAUCGCGACUACCACCCAGAUAAAUCUUCAUCUAUGCGUGAAGCAGAGUCGGAUGAAGGCGAUUUAGGCAAUCACCAGAUAAAGCGUAGCAGGAAAAGGGUUCGAAACGAGUCAUCUUGGAUAAGGAAUAAUGCCAGGAAGUUCAGGAACAGUGGUGGGGAGUUCAUCGGUCAUAGGAAAUUGCUAAAACCAGCAAGAGCCGCUCAAGAUCUGGCAGAUCAUCACUGUCGAUACCAGUGUAAUAGUUUUUCAAAUGAAGAUCGCCAACAAAUCUUUGAAGACUAUUGGAAUUUGAGCUCAUGGAAUCUUCAAACGGCAUUUCUUACCGCUUGUAUGGAAACACGUGCACCUUUGAAAAGAAAAUUAGGUGUUGAGCCACGUAAACAGGCGAGCGUUCAAAUAAAAUUAGUCGGAAAAAGAGUGUGUAAACUCUUUUUGUUGAAAACUCUGAACAUAAGUCAGAAAAGAUAUGACAACGUUUUAAAAAAAAGAAACCGCACAGGCGUAGCGCCAACUGACCAACGUGGUAGGCAUACCCCAGCAAAUAAGAUUUCGGACAACGAUAUUGCAAUAAUAAAGGGCCACAUUAAGUCAUUUCCAAAAUACUCGAGCCAUUAUUCACGUGUCAAAAAUCCGCAUACAAAAUAUUUGUCAGGCGAACUAAGCAUCCACAAAAUGUAUAACCUUUACUUGCAGUAUUGCCAAGAAAAUAACAUUCAAAACCCUGUUAAAGAGAGCUUUUAUAGAUUUAUUUUUACAACGCAAUUCAAUCUUCGUUUCAAACGGCCCCACACUGAUACAUGUACAAUAUGCGAUAUCCUUGAAAAUAAAAUCAAUAACGACAAUAAUCCUGAAGUAGUGAAUGAUAGUAAGAUCCAGAAAGAGAUUCAUUUACGAAAAGCUGAACAGGCUAGAUCAGCUAAAAAUGAUGUCAAGAAAUUGGGCAAGGAUAAUCCAAAUACUGUAAAUGCAAUAUGUUUUGAUCUAGAAAAAACUCUCCCCACGCCUGUAUUAACUUGUAGUAAGGUCUUCUAUCUGAGACAACUGUGGACUUAUAAUUUUGCAAUACAUAAUCUUGCAAAUGAUCAAGCAUCAAUGUUUAUGUGGCACGAGGGUGAAGCGUCUAGGGGAUCCCAAGAAAUUGGAUCAUGCUUAUUGAGAUAUGUUCAGCAACUGCCUAAUUCAGUAGAACAUAUCAUCGCAUUUAGCGAUAACGCAGGCGGUCAAAAUAAAAAUAACAACAUUAUAAAAUUUUGGAGGCAUAUUGUUCAGACAACCUCCAUUUGUAGAAUUGACCACAAAUUUUUAAUUUCUGGUCACUCUUAUAUGGAGUGCGACCAAGAUUUCGGGCUUAUCGAGAAGUCAAAGAAGAAAAAUCAAUAUGUUUUUGUCCCGGAUGAUUGGAGCAAAAUAGUAGCUCAAGCUAGUCGAAAGUUUACUGUUGUACGAAUGAGAAAUGAAGAUUUUUUGUCAGUUGAACAGAUGAAAAAAGAGAUAAAAGACAGUAUUCCAGGGAUACGUAAUAUUCAGUGGUUUCGACUGGAAAAAGAUAAGCCCAAUAUUCUUCAAUACAAGAACACUUUGAAUGAGGAAAUGGAUUUUGUGCAUUUUGACCUUAGAAAACAGAAAAAAGGCCGUCCGAAUACGCAAUUUGACCUUACAUUAUUGUAUCCUGAACCACCAUCUAUAAAAACCGCCAAAUACGAGAACCUCCAGCAACUCCUUCAGUUUAUUCCCCCCAUUUACCAUAACUUUUAUUCAUCACUAAGACAUCGAGGAAGCGUAGCUUCCGCAACAAACGAAAAUAGAGAAGUAGAUGCCAACGUCAGCCAAAGAGACAUUUGUGUUGAGAAUUCUGCAGAUGUUUCAGCUGAAUGGGAAUCUGAUGAUGAUUAG